CCAGCGAAUAGAACACACGUGUUUAGCUCGUAUCUUAACUCGAUUCUCGGGCAGAUAUAGCAAUAAAACAAUUGUGUUAUACAAAAGUGCAGUGUAACUAUAAACCAAUAUAUGUAGGUACAUAAAUAAACAACCUAAUUAGUUAACUAAUUAUACAGUGAAAAAAUCGGAAAAAAGUAAUUCCAACGAUAAGGAAUUAAAUUCUUGUGUAAAGUGAUAAAAACUUGUGUGAUAUCGAAUAUAAACAAAGCAGGUUUUUGCAGUAGGUGGAAACAAAACAAUAUUGUGAAUGGUGUAUUUCUACAGGAAAAUAAAGCAUAUUAAUAAACAGAAUCAGCUGUUACCCAGAACAGAUCAAUUAAGCAGGAAUAACAUACUAAAGGAACCUAAUCAAAGAACUCAGAGACAACGAUAUAGAACCUUAAGCAACUAUAUCACAUUGGGACUUACCUCUAACCCUCGAAGAAUUGGGAUGUUUCCUGAAAAAAUUGGUUCCCUAAUUACGCCAGAGUUCUUUUCCAGAAUUUUGGAGAUCAAGUUAAGUACUGGAUCACUUUCAAUGAGCCGAGACAGACUUGUAUGGGUGGAUACGGUUUCGGAUACUUUCCCCCCACCAUUCAUGCUGAAGGACUUCUUGAAUAUACGUGUGCUCAUAGUUUGCUUAGAGCGCACGCUAGGGUCUGGCAUGUGUGUGAUAAAGAAUUUAGGCCUACACAGAAAGGAAAUAUAUCCAUUGUCCUUGAUACGGCGGCCUAUGUGCCAGCGUCGAAUAGCCAAGAAGAUAAAAUUGCCGCAGAUACAAAGUUCCAUUUCGAGAUUGCCCCGUGGACGAUAAGGAAUCUUGUAAAUUGGAUAAAAGACCACUACGAAAAUCCUGAAAUCUUAAAAAUCUGCUCGUUGUUGGGUCGGUACCUACACGGAACGAGUUAUUUCAGUGUACCUACUCACAAUAUGAAUAAACUGAGAAAAUUAAUGACAACUUAUAUUUCAUUUUGGUUCAGAUUAGUGUUGCCUAAAUGCAAGACCAAGACGAGACUUAGACAGUCUUGGUCUUGGUCUUGCGCCUGUAGACCUGGUCUUGGUCUUGGUCUUGGUAUUGCGCUCCCGGUCUUGGUCUUGGUCUUGGUCCUGCAGCAAGAGUCUUUCAAGUCUCGCAGUUGCCUAUUAGCCUAUUGCAUAUCUUAGAACAACGUAACAGAGAGGUCCAUUUUAAGCUUGAAUAUCAUAACCAUAGUAAAGACUAGCCAAAUUAAUAAAUAUCUAAACAACUGACACCGGGGGGGUUUAAACCCACGAUCUAAGUGAUCGCUGUCUAUGUUCUAACUAACUAAAGUUAAAACUACCUCUUAAAACCCACAAAAUUUCAUUUGCAUAUCUCAACCGAUUUUAGAGCAAUAAAUAAAUCGUCAGUUUGUAAGAAAAAUUUCAACCCCUCCUAUUUGGUAAACAAAGCAUUUAUAAAGUAAACGUUUAUGAAGUAAACUGUCAUUAGUUUUUCGUGCAGAAUUAACCAUUAAAGUUUGCCAUACUUAUUUAAAAACAUUCUGUAUUGAUGAAAAACAUGGCUAGUUAAAAAAGUACCUAACUUUUUUUAUUAUCCAGUAUAAGUGAAUGAAUAAAAAAACAUAAUGUUAAGAAAAUAUGAGGCUUUAGUUGGGCUUUAAUUUCAGUAUGCUCUUAUUGCAUGUGAUAUGCGAGUGAGAAAAAACACAGUUUGAUUGGUACACCCGGUAUACACUGACAAAAUUGACCAGUCUAGCAACAAUAUCUAUUAUUACUGCGAUAUUUAUAAAGAAUAGAAUAAGACCAAAUAUUGAAAACAAUCAUUUAAAUUUAAAUAACAACAGGUUUAGGAAAUUUGAGACAUUAAAAAUGACCCAUUUUUAAGGUGGUGCCAUGGACGUAUAAAUAAAGAUGGGUGGUGCGUUAAUUUCUUGGAGAAGUGUACCUAUAUCGUUAAAAUAAUAUUUCGGUAUUAUGUCUACACGAUAUCCGGCAUUAUCUCUAUACUUUUGUCUCGCUAUGACACUUAUAAAUAAUAGGCGCGCUGUUUCGGCAAAUUCUGUUUAGCGAAGUGACCUCAUAACACAGAACACAGGACACAGUCAGCAAAAACAAUACAUAAUAGUCUUACUAUAAUAAUGUAUACUGAUAAAGAUUUGUAUUUAGUGUUUAGACUCCCAGAAAACUAAUAAUGAAAAAAAAUAUUUAUGUAAAUUUAUAUAAGUGCUAAGGUGACAUAUUUUUAAAAAGUUUUGAUACGAUAUUCCAUAUUACUGUAGGCGUCGCAACGCAGGAAUGUUGUAUUAUAUGAAUAUGAUUAGAAGACGACUAUUCUCAAAACCAGGACAAUUAUUAAUUUCAGAGCAAAGAAGUCGGCUGCUAAGCAAAGGCGUAGCUACCGCCGCACCGUAUGAAUUACGGGGCCCCGGCGCUGCAUGUCGAAACAAAACUUCCAUUUAAAAAAUUGAACAAAAUAUUCUACAAUUUCCCUAAUAAAACGCUUUGAAACAGUGUAUUGUUUGGAUGUCGACCUUUUCGUGUAAUGGAUUCUUUAUCUAAAAUAUUGUAUUGUAAAUCAUAAUAUAUCUAUGUAUAUCCAUUUGCCGCCGUAUUCCAUAACAAAAAAGCUCUUUUUUUGUUUUCAAGUUAGGUACUUUUCAUUGCUCAUUCACCGUUGACGGUGACACACUGUAAAAUGGCCAAAUUGCAAUUUUUGUCAUCGCUUAAUCCUUGACGAUUUGGAACAGUGGAUAUAUGUAUUGUUUUGGGUAUAUUUUCGUGUACUUAAUCUAUUUAUUGUUUAGCCCAUUUUUUCAUUGUCCAGUCACCCUUGGCUUAUAUAUAACAAGUGUUGUUGAAAAAACUGAAUCUGUUUUCAAAUCUAUUUUUUGAGUUUGGUUUAUUAGAGUUUAUUAGGUUUAUUAGGUUCAAUUUGUGCAGUCGAUUCAGAAAGUUUAAAUUUUAAAUUCUGAAGUGAAACAAAUGAGUGAAAUAAAAAGAGAGUAGCUGAGUGGAGCGAUGAAAAGAAAAAUGAAACAAAAAAGGAAGAAGUUUUGAAGAAGAUACCCAAAAUUUCUUCAUUUUUCUAUCAAUCAGAUUCUCAAAGUGAUUUAAGUUGCAAUGGUAAGUACUAGAUCUCUAUCUACUAAUGAAACAAUAAUUAAUUCUUAUCUAAUCGUCGUCGGUAACAGGGGUGGCCAAGGUUCUUGAUAUUAUUUGAUAGAAAUUUGAAAUUUUUUAGAAGCCGUCAUUAAAUGCGUAUUAAAAAGUUAUGCAAAAGAGGUGUUAAAAAAAUAUGUACAGAAAUUUGUACAGAAUAUUAAUUGAACACGUGUAAAUAAAAGUACAACCUAUUUGUACUAAAUUUAAAUAUUAUAAAUUUAUUGUACUUCUUUUGAUAAUUCUUUAAAUCUUAGCGAAUAAAUGGUGACAGCACUUCUUAGUAAUUCUUUCAGAUGCUGGUUAUUUCGUACUGAUGAGUAUUUGAAUUUCAGGAAUUUUAAAGUGAAAUAAAAUUAUUCACACAUGUCUUCUUCUUCAUGUGCCGUGCUCGAUUAUCGAGUGUUGUCUAUCAAAUUGGCUCUAGUAAUUUUGAUGGCGGCAGCUCGGAAAAUGGAAGCUGGAGUUUCUCAAACCACUCUCUUAGGUUUCUAAGCCAUGACGUUUUUCUUCGACCUGGCCCUUUUAUUUCGUCUCCUUUGCCUUUUAUUAUUAAAUGGAGUAUAUUAUAACUCUCUGGGUGGCGCAUUCUUCUCUAGGUACCGUCUCCGCUUCGAAGGUUGGCAAUCAUCAAAGCGAUUUUUACUUUUGAGAGUGCGGCUCUAAAUAAUUCGUUGUUACUACAUCCAAACCAUGCCCUAAGAUUCUUCAGCCAUGAGUUAAAUCAGCUAUCAGCUUCCUAUAAAUCUUUUUCCUGGAUUUUACUUACAUAAUGAACUAGAGUAUUAGAUAUUUAUCUCCUCUCAUCACAUGUCCCAUAUAUCUCAGUUUUCUUCUCUUAAUUGUUAGAAGUACUUCUCUUUCCUUAUGCAUACGUCUGUCUCAUUACCUCUACGUUGGUUAUUCUAUUUACCCAUGAGAUCUUCAGCACUCUUCGGUACAUCCACAUCUCGAAUGUCUCCGGUCUUCUCACGUCAAUUUUCUUCAGUGUCCACGCUUCCGUCUCGUAGUAUAAUACGGAUAGCACAUAGCACCUCAUAACAUCUUCUUCUAUGGCACUACAGCCCAAAUUAAGCCUUGGCCUCCUUUAUUUUUUGCCUCGGCUGCUCUUCUCCAUACACGGACUCCUAAAAGGGCUUGUGCGUCGCUGUUUACUGUGUCUUCCCAGCGCUUUCGUGGCUUCCCAACCGGUCUCUUUCCUUGCAUUCUAGCAUUUAGUGCUCGUUUUGGUAGCCUAUCCUCUCCCAUUCUUAUCACGUGUUCGGCCCAUUGCAACCUUUGUACUCUAAUGAAGUCUGACAGGGGAGUUUCCUUAUAAAGUUGAUAAAGCUCCUUGUUGUAUCGACUUCUGAAGAUUCCGUUUUCCCUCACAGGUCCUAGUAUUCUCCUAAGUACUUUCCUUUUGAAACCUCAUAACAUGGCCAAAAAAUAUUCAAGUUUGAGAGUUUUUACUGUUCUGAUGACUUCCCGUAAUUUUUCCCCUCCGAUGUAUAACAACUUCGUUACGAACUCUAUCCACCCAACUUAUUCAUAGGAUCCUCCGAUACACCAAGGUUUCAGAGGCUUCCAGGUUUUUGAGAAGGGCACCCGUUAAAGUCUAACCUUCGACACCAUACAAAAGAGUACACAUUCACAUAAGUACGGUGUUCUAUCGAACAUCUUCUAGCACUACCUUAUAUCAGUUCUUGAAAAGGGCCCCGCGAAAAUCUUUGAUACGGGGCCCCUGUUUAACUAGUACGCCACUGCUGCUGAGAAAGAAUGUAUGACUAAAAAUUUUUAUUUUUACAUUAUAAUAAUGACCUCUCAGUACAUGUCAAAUGUGUCGAGUGAUCUUUUAAUGGAUAUUUUGAUUCGCUAUGUAUGUUUAUGGUAUUGUUCGUAAUGCGCAUAAGUCCAAUUUUCAAAAUUUUUAUUACAAUUUUUUUUGUUUCUCAUAGAGUAUCUAAGAAUAUAGCCGAACUUAUAUACUCCCUAAAACGACCCUCAGUUCUAACUGCAAGACGCAAGAGUCUCGCAGACUUAGUCUUGUUCUUGCUCAAGUCUUGCACGGUAAGUCUUGGUCUUGGUCUUGGUCUUGCGAAAACGCAAGAAUAAGACCAAGACUGCAAGACCAAGACCGAUUUUGGGCAACACUAGUUCAGAUAUGAUCAUCCAUCCCCUUACGUACGUUUCAGUCUCCCCAGACCUCAUCAGAGGGGCCAUAUGAGGGGUUUCCAACUUACAAGGUAUUGAGGGCCAAACUAGAAACUUUUGGUCUGGGUGCGGGCCGCACUAUAAUAAUAUGCUAUUAGAUUUUUGUAAACAAAACUAAAAAUGUCUAUUAUUCCGAGAGUAAAGGGAAAGGAGGUUAGUCUCCUGUUCUCAUUAUACGAAAUAGAAUGUAUCCUGUUUUCUCAAAUCUUAAAAAGGUCUAUUUCUUAGUUUUGUAAAUACUCUCGUGGACCGCAAAAAUAUGCCUAACGGACCGCAUGAGGCCCGCGGGCCGUCUGUUGGAAACCCCUGGGAUAUAUGAUCACCUCAGAACUGAUCACAUAUCCUCUCUGAAGAGGUCUAAGGAGACUGAAACAUAUGUAGGGGGAUGAUUGAAAUGAAACAUAAGCUCUUUUUCAUUUUAAUUUUAAAGAUAGAAGAUGGAGUUUAGAGUGUUUGGAUAUACCCUACGGAGUAUAAUGGAUCAUUUUGAAUGGCAGUAUGGAUAUACGUAAGUACACAGUAUAAUUUGAUUCAUUAUUCACAUUAU